UUAGGCUGCAUGCAUUUGAAAAUAGAUUAGCUGCAUUUCAUUAUUCACGAUUUGAAGGAAUAUAUUUUAAAAUGUUUGUAUAUUAAACUAAUGAUUUAAGAAGUCAAACUGUCAUUUAAGCACAAAUGUUAUGUUGUUGAUAUUGAAUAAUUAAGACAACAAUGUUAAGAGCAAUAUCAUGUAUUCACAUCGAGGGCCGGGCUCUUAGACGAAAAGACUUUUUUAAAGUACUUCGUAUGUGUGCACAUUCCAAUACAAAAGUAGAGCCACACACAAGGAAGUUGAAAAAAUAUAGAACGACUGUGUUAAGUCAAGAUGCAGGUCAUGCGGAGCAAAAGAGCAAUCGGGAACACCCAAGAGCAGCAUCUGCUUCUGUACCCGGUCCUGCACCCCGCGCGGACGGUUCAUCCCCGCCGCCCCCGCCGCCGCCGCCACCGCCGCCGCGCUCCCGGCGUGCUCUCACCUUGAUUACAGCUCUUACUUUUACGGCGUCACUUGGAGGGGUAUACCUGUAUCGUAAAAUGGCACAAGAGGAUGAAGUGAUGGAGAAUAAGGCAGAUAAUGAGGAGCUUCUGAAUGAUCCGAAUCAUAGAGGAUGGAGAAAAGAAGAUGAAGGAUGUGAGAAUUACGUCUCAAGCGAAUGGGAAGCCAGUCAGCCAGCCAGGAAGCCAGAGUUUUUUGCGAAAGACUUAUGCAAGUCAAAGAUAUAA